AUGAACGCAAGGAAAGAUAUUGGUGAAGUCAUAGGGGGGAGAUACGAGAUCAAAGAAGUGAUCACUCACCGUGACCGCAAAAUGAGCGUCUACGUUGCCACAGACAUCCAAACCCAGGAAGAGGUCGCUCUCAAACUCAACACCGCGGAGCACAGAGUUCGACUCGAAACUGAGUUUUACGACGAUUCAAUUCGAGACCUGGAGGGGUUUCCGAGCAAGAGGUGGUCUUGGGAGCACGGUUGUUAUUGUCUUGGCGCUAUUGCCCUCGACCGUCUGGGACCGUCUUUGGAUACUGUCAUCAAAGAGGUGGAUGAAAGCAAGUUUAGCCUCAAGACGACUCUUCAGAUCAUGGAUCAAGUCAUCACCCGCAUUCAAGCUUUACAUGGACGACACAUUGUCCACCGUGGUAUCAAACCCGACAACUUCUGCAUUGGCCUCAAAGGGAGCAAGACAGAGAAUAAGGUGUAUAUGAUCGACUUUGACCUCUCUAAAAAGUACAUCAAGGACGGAGUCCACAUACGAGACUAUGGAGACAACGUGGGCAACACAUUUUGGAUGUCGUUGGCCAUUCACAAAGGAUACGAGCCUGUGAGGCGAGAUGAUAUGGAAUCCGCUGGUUUCCUGGCUAUCUACCUUCUCAAGGGCGGAUUGCCCUGGUUUUGCGAAGGCAGAUCAAGCGCAAUAAUGCGUGGCAGUACGUUGAUCGCUUUGCCCAAAAGGAUCAGCAGGCUGAUAUCGUUCUCAGAAGCGAUCACUGCUCUGCAAGAGCUGUGCAAAGACCUUCCAGAGGAGAUUAUCACAUACAUCACUUACUGUCGAUCACUUCAAUUUGCUCAAGAGCCCGAUUAUGGCUAUUGCCGCGAGCUUUUCCGCCAAGUGUUCAAGAGGGAAGGGUUCAAAGAUGAUGGGCUGUGUGAUUGGAGUACCCCUGAGCUUGUCACCGAGUCCGAGAGCAUGGAAAUCGCACAUGGCUCCGAUGAUGAUCUCCCCAGCAGCAAUCACUCCGAGCAGGACGGCUCCGCUACCCCGUUCGAUGACGAUACUGUUGAUGGGCAGACUCUUGUUGUUGACCACACCAAGACGACCGAGGCAUGUACUGCUCAGUAUCUUGAUCUGCGAACCCGCCAGGUUCUCAGACUUAUAUGA